AUGAAACUCCGUGGAAUGAAGCCUUUUGAUGGACCCUGUGCCUCAGGACCCGAAUGGAUAGUAGUUCAAAGGAGAUUCGAUGGAAGUGUGGACUUCAACCGCACCUGGAAUGAGUACAAGAAGGGAUUUGGCAAUAUCCAAGGAGAGUAUUUUAUUGGACUUGACAGACUACACUUGAUGACCACAUCGGUACAUCAUGAGCUUUGUGUUAGGGUUGCUGAUUUCGACGGGGUCUCCGCUUACGCCCAUUACACUCAUUUCGAAAUUGGCAACGAGGAAGAGUCCUACGAGCUUAAAUCUCUUGAUGGAUAUUCUGGAACCGCUCAGAACUACCUCGAAACAAACAAAAAUAUGAAGUUUUCGACUAUUGAUCGGGACAAUGACAAAGUCAGACGGCACUUAAUGGUCCAUACGACGAAGAUGGAGUAG